ACCAGGGUGCGGGUAUUUUAUUUUCCACCUGUUCCCAGAUGUUUCUGUUUAAAGGGAUUGAAUUUGUAAAGACUAUUCACAACUGACCUCGUUCCUUCCAAUCAGAGAGUUCCCCGAAUAGCGUUCUCCUAUUGGUUUGCUCGGCUUUGGGAACAUUGCAAUUACAUUGGACAAGGUUGAUUCGGUGGUUGGAUGUUAGUGGAGAGUGUCUAAACAUGUCAGGCAGUAGGAGGAAGAGGCGACUUCGCGUUUCUAUUCAAGAAGCUGCAAGUACAAGUGUAUCCAGAACACCAGACUACAUGGAAGUAUUGACAACUCAAUACAAUGAAAAGUGUAAAUUAGAAUCAAGUACAGAAUCUGAAUCUGAUGCCUCUGCCACUAAUGAGGCAUUGAUGAACCUAAGUUUACCAGAUUCUGUAAAGAAUCAUGCAACAGUGAACCAAUGUUUGGAUCCAUAUGAUGGUGACUUGGAAAGUACAUCAAGUGAAUCUGAUAGAAGUCAAAGUUUUCUGCUAGAUACUUGCACUGAGAAGAUAAACGAUCAGUCUUAUGCUAUUGUAGCAAAUGACAGAAAAAAGUUGCAAAUAAGACAUUACAAACAAUCCUUGCAGGCAAUCUUUAAACCUGAGUGUAGUUAUAAAGAGUUAAAAUACGUACACAUGGAGCCUGCGUUCACUAAAGUGAUUGUACAAACUUCUAGUGAAUCUGAAAUACCUUCUAACAGAGUAUGUGAUUUAGAAUUACCAACAAGACAUGUCUCAAAAACCAAACUAAAGCCAUUUGGAUCAUUGGACUUUGGGAUGCUGACCGAAUCUCCUCCUGAAAACAACUCUGUUGGAGGAGAACAUGGAUUUAUGAGCAUGCCAAAUUUGCAAAGCUCUGGGAAAGAUUAUCUUGGUCAUCAAGACGUUCACCUAUCCUCAGGACGAAUCUUAAAGACUUCUCAUGAAAGAUUUCGUGAAGGCGCAUUCACGCCAAAGAGAAAACAUGGAAACUCUUUACUUGAUACAAGUAAUGAUCGGAUAAAUAAAAAGAAAAGCCGUGUGAUCAAAAACUGAGAAUAACUGGCUUCCAAAAACCAAAGAUGCAAGUCUUUAGGCUUGCAGGAGACCUGGCUAGGGUCACAGGCAAGUUUGAUUCUCUCCUUGGUUUUGGAAGAUGCAUCUUUUGUUGUGCUGUCUAAAGAUCUAUUUAGAUAACACUGUUCUAUUAUCAAAAACUCCACACCAUCUUAACCAAAAUUUUAAGAACAAGCCAGAUAUCACUGGGAUCAUAAUAGCGCCAGCUAGGCCAUUUUCAAAAGGUGUUAAGAAUUGAUGAGUAUGGGGUUGCACUUGUGUACAGCUGAAUGAGACUAAGAUAUUAAGUACCAGGCUAAAACCAAUUAUUCCUCUGCACUCUUGAGACUUAAGCAUUUGUUUCAACUA